AUGACUGAACAAUUGCAACACCGACCUCAUGGAGUCGCUUGUACGCCCUGUCGACGGUCAAAGAUGAAGUGUGUUACUUCAGACCCGGCAUCUCUUGUGUGUGAUCGAUGCCAAAGACUGAGGAGACAGUGUAUAUUUGAGUCACAUCGCAGGGGCCUUUGGAGGAGAGAUGUGUCAGGGAGAAGGGAAGAUCGAGCACGGCCUGUAGAAGAGGUCACAGAGGAUGGAUUAGCUUCUGGGUCCUCAGGAUCGCAGCGCUUCUCAGAUACUCAAGCCUUUCAAGCACCUGAUCUACCAGGCCGGAGAUAUUCGUAUCAGAAUCGAGCUCCGGAGUCAGUUUCCGCGUCUUCCAGAUCUGAUCAGUCGCCAUUUACACCUGCGUCCUUUGCUAUGAAUUACCAGGAUACACGAGGUUUGUCACUAGGUGCAGCUCUGAACUCAGACCGAUCGAUGGAAGGAGACCCCGGAAGCUCCCUAGAUACGUUCCUCCAGCAUAAUCUCCCUGAAGCAAUGGAUUCCCCAAGAACGCGCGAUCCUGUUGACUUAGGACUCAUCAGUCGGCCAUCUGCACAAAAUCUGUAUGAAGGAUUCUUCAAACACUUCAACGGCCUCGUUGGACUGCUCGACCCCAGUCUUUAUACGUUCACGUAUACACGAUCUAGGUCAAGUCUCCUGUUCACCAUGAUUCUCACAAUAUCAUCGCGGAUCUUCCAACCAGAAUCUCAUAAACCUAUACGCGACCAUGCUGAGUUUCUCCUUGGACAAGCUUUACUUGCAUGUGACUCAGCGAUCGAGAACAUCUGGGCCAUCAUCUGUAUAUAUUACUGGAAAGACGUGAAAGAUACUAGAGGCUACACCCUGAUCGGGUUUGCGCUUCGAAUGGUGGCUUCAGCAGAAUGGAACAUGUCACAUCAAAGCGUCGCCUACGACACGCAUGGCCUUCAUGAGCCAGGAGAGUUACAAGUGAGGCAGAGCAGAGACAAAGAUAGGGUGUGGGUGAUGCUGGGAAAUGUCGACCGGAUAUCAAGCUACUUCGCCGACCGGCCUCUCCCAACAACAAUCGUUCUUGAGAAUAUGGCGUCCAGACAGUGGAUGGCCCUGACAGAGUGUACAUAUCUACUCGGAGAUGGAAAGGCAGUUGCUAGCCAUGAGUUGGCAGGCAUUGCCAACAGUGUUUACGAGAGCAUGGUGAAAACCCGCGUCGACUCUCGUGUUUCUCUGUCAACAUUGGAUUUUGGCACAUUUCACAAGGAUAUAGAUGACUUUAACAAUAGGAUUGCUGCAUGGGGAGACUAUUGGCAGGCUACAUUCGCUACGUUUCCCAACUCGGAGCCUUUCCAAACACCUCUGAUCUACCUCCAUAGAGAUUAUAUGCGUCUUUACUUCAACGCGGUAUUUCUGCAUAGAAUGCUCGUCUCAGAAGACAGAGCUACGCUACAAGAUCUCAUUACCCAUACAGCUCGAAUAUGUUUCUGCAGUGGAUUGAGCGUACUGCGACAGGCUAUCGAAAUGGGAGGGUUAGACAUCAUCUACUAUCUCUGGGAUACAGCUCACCUAAUGAUCGCUUUCUCAGCCAUGAUGAUUCCAAAGCUAUUGAGGCAAGAUAUCGACGAGUCAUCGAUCUCAAAGAAUGAAGCUAUCACUACAAUUACUCAAGGCACGUCUGCUUAUGUCAGUGCGGCCAAGUCAAUGGGCCACUCUGAUCCACAGACCCACGCAAUUUCAGCCCAAGCUCGUCUCCUCUCUGCCAUCCUAGUACGACUGAAAGCCGAACUGGGGCAAGCGAAUACUGACGUGAUGUCUCCGGCCAUGCCUCACAACCUCUCUAUCUCAGGCCUGUCCUGGAUUGAAGACCAGUUGGAUAGGUCCACGUUGUUCUCUGACGGAAGAAUGGAACCACCUUUGUUGGACUACGUUGAUAUGGAUACCCAGACCAUGGGCCCGGAGGAAAAUAUAAGCUCGUUCAUGCCUCAAAUGUACGACGAACUUGACCCUAUACUGGAUGACGAUUUUGUGAACUCGAGAUAUCUUGAGGUUGGAUUGCUGUCGUGGAAAGAGCCGGGCAUAUUCAUACAGCCUCAUUAA